CAUAAGAUGCUUAGCAUCUCCCCUACUCUAACUGGCAGGAAAACAACCAGUUCUUAUCAGCCAGAAGCAAACGAGGGGAGGGAAGAGAGAGCAGCGGAGAGCUGUUGCUACUAACUGCAGGCCCUCAGUAAUCAUGGCUUUCCUCAAGCUUGGAAGACUUUGUCUGCUCCUGCUAAUGUUCAUGAACAUGGCAACACAGACUGCAAAUGGAUUCAAGAGAAAGAAGCGGGAGUGGAUUCUCCCACCAACGAAACUCAGAGAGAAUGUUGACUACACAAAGCAUGAAUACAUUUCAAAGAUCCGGUCUGAUAAAGAUUCUGAAGUCAAACCAUUUGAGUACAGCCUGAAAGGGCCCGGUGCUGACAAGGAGCCAUUUAACCUGUUUGUUGUCAACCCCAAAAACGGCUUUGUCAGAAUCACAGGCAUUCUGGACAGAGAGAAAGUAGCACAGUACAACCUGACUGGGAUUGCUAAGUACAAAGAUGGCAGUUUGGCUGAGGAAGAAAUCCAGCUGAAAAUACAGGUUGAAGAUGAGAAUGACAAUCCCCCAAAGUUCAAGUUAUUCAAAGGUUCUGUAUCAGAAUGCAGCACAGUAGGAACCGCUGUCAUGCAGAUAACUGCUGAGGAUGCAGAUGAACAGGGGACACCCAAUGCAAAGAUUGCAUACAGUAUACUGAAGCAAACUCCAGACGAAUCUGGCACCAUGUUCACCAUUGACAGAGAUACUGGGAAGAUCUAUGUUAAAGAACAUACCUUGGAUAGGGAGGUGCGUGAUUCAUACACUCUAAUAGUGCAAGGUGUAGAUAUGGAUGGUGCGCCGAAUGGUAACACAGGAACCGGUACGGUGGAGAUUAAAGUUUUGGACAUCAAUGACAAUGUUCCUACUCUUGAAAAAGAUGAGUACUCUGGUGCUGUUGAUGAAGGUGCAGUUGAUGUGGUUGUGAUGAGAAUCAAAGCUCUGGAUAAAGAUUUGAAGAAUACUGAUAACUGGCUGGCCGUCUUUGACAUUGUCAAGGGUAACGAAGAAGAACUCUUCACUAUAGAAACAGACCCCAAAACAAAUGAGGGCAUUUUAAAGCUUGUCAAGCCUGUGGAUUAUGAAAAGGUCAAAACACUGGAUCUUGGCUUGGCCAUUUCAAAUGUAGCUCCUUUUAUAAAUGGAACCGCACUGUCCUUGGGUCUCGGUUUCGAUUUGAACAGGCCUGGAGGACCUGGAAUCUCUGGUGGGGCAGGAGCUGGGGCAGGGGUAGGAGUCGGGGUAGGUGUAGGUGUAGGUGUAGAUGUAGAUGCAGAUCUAGAAGCAGGGUUAGGAUUAGGGGUUGGAGUGGGUGUGAAUACAGGGGUAGAUGUUGGAGUAGAUGCAGGUGUAGAUGUUGGAGUAGAAGCAGGUGCUGGUGUAGGAGGUAAACCUGGUGUCAAGCCUGUCACCAAGCCUGGAGGUAAACCUGAUGGCAGUCCUAACGCCAAACCUGGAAUUAAACCUGGUUCUAAACCAGACAAAAAGCCACCAACAGGAGGAAAGAACUAUCCAAUAAAAAUCAGCGUAAACAACUUGCCUGAAGGCCCAGGCUUUUCACCAUCUGUGAAGGAGUUGCCUGUGUCAGAGAACCCAGAGGAAAUACAUGUUCCCAUGGUCAUUGGUUCCUUUCCUGCCUUGGAUCUUGAUACUGGAGAAAUUGCUGAAAAUGUCAGGUAUGCAAAAGGAUAUGAUCCAGACAACUGGCUAUCCAUUGAUGAAAAGACAUCAGAAAUUAAACUGACGAAGAUACCAGAUCGAGAGUCAAAGUCCCUGGUUAAUGGAACCUACAUGGCAAAGAUCCUCUGCAUGACACAAGAUGUGCCACCCAAGACAGCUACUGGAACAAUAGCUCUAAAGGUGCAGGAUUCCAAUGACAAUUGUCCUACACUGACCAGCACCUACCAGAGGAUCUGUUCUGAUAGUGAAGUGGUAAAUGUGACUGCAUUCGAUGAGGAUGACUAUCCCAAUGGAAAGCCUUAUAAAUUUGUUCUAAUAGAGGAGGAGACUCAUGGAAAGUGGGAGAUGGUUCCUGUAAAUGAAACAACAGUGAGCUUCCAUGCUAAGGAGUUUCUAUGGGUAGGAUUUUAUGAGCUCAGUUUGGAGAUUUUCGACAGGCAGGGUAUGGGAUGUAAAGACAAACAAAAACUUCAGUUAGAGGUGUGCACUUGUGAAAAAGGUGGCACAUGUAAUCUCAAACUAGCUCAUCAGCAUGGUUCUUCUGCCAAAGUUGGGUUUCCUGCCAUUGGAGCACUUAUUGGAGCACUAAUUCUGCUCAUGUUGAUUCCUCUGUUGCUGUUAUUCUGCCAGUGUGGGACAUUUGAGGAAUUCUCAGAGCUGCCUUUCGAUACAAAAGAAUAUCUUAUCGAAUACCACACUGAAGGCAAGGGGGAAGACAAGGAGGUGCCUCCGUUGUUUGCGCCUGUUGUGGCAGACCAACAAACUGCGGCAGCGGUUGGUAGCGCUUACAUGGUGCAAAGUGCACAGGGCUUUGACACCAGGGUGCUCAAUAAAGAGCUAAAUAGAGGGGUUAUGGAGGUUGACAGCAUGUCUGGCUAUCAACACAACACAGUACAAGCUCAGCACUCCCUAGUGUCUACCCAUAGAAACACUCUCCACUCUGCAUCAUUUCGACAGAAGGUACAGAAUAUUUACGAAGAGAUGGCACUACCAGACGGCUAUCUCCAUGGAUAUUUCUCUCAGAAAGCAAGGUUUCUGGCUGACUGGCCUGCUCUCAGUGACAGUCUGUUGGUGUAUAACGAUGAAGGUCAAUACUCUCCUGUUGGCUCCUUAGACAGCUGCAGUAUCCUCGAGGCUGAUAAUGACCUGGGUUUCCUCAAUGACUUGGAGCCAAAAUUUGUGAAUUUAGCAACAGUUUGCAGUCCUCCACCACCCAAAUUAGAACAAGCUGAACAAAUUGUCAAGUCAGUGGAUACCAGCGUCAAAAGCGAGAGUUCUGUAGCCACUAGUGCAGUUCAGGUUGUGAAAUCUGAUCAGCCUCCACCACAGCAAAGCCUGAUCACCAGUGUUACCGAGACGAUCAACAAAUCAGGCAGCAUAAAUACAAGCUCGACACUGCUCAUGCAACAGCAGCCUUUGUACUGCCUGGUGGAACAUCAGGCACCAAGUGCUUUGCCUGUACAGGGAAUGUACCUAAUAAAUGGGCUUGCAGGAACUCAGGGGCUAGUUCUCCAGGGUGGUAAUAUACUACAGAACGCUGUAGAACAAGAAAUGUAUCUGAUUGAUGGGAUGUCUAUGUUACAAGGAAAUAUAAUGUUAGGCAACUGUCCAAAUCUUGUCAAUGCAGGUAGCUUAGCUGUCUCCUCUGUGCUAGUUCAGGGAGAGAAAGGCAGUCAACAAAUCCAGGUUCCUCUACCUCAAGACGCACAACCAGGGGAAUCAGAGAGAAAAACUGAUGUAGAGCCGGGAAAUGUAAAGAAUACUAAGCCUGCAGUCAAAUCAAAGAAAUAAACAUAUGUACACUGACUUGCCAGUUUAUUAUAGUAGAUACACCCUCUAUCUUCACACCAUCUGCACAUAUUACCUUGAUUUAUAUAUCAGGCAGGCAGGCCAGUUUUUUAGAUCAUCGUUUAGAAUUCAAUAAAGCAUUGAAAUGGUCACCUUAGCUGUCAUCCUGGAAUUUUCAAGCACAGCCAUUUCAAAAAACAAUCAGUUGCACAACAGUUUAUGGUUCAGAUAGGUGGCCAGAAUUGUGAAAACCAGAUAAGCAUUAACCAGGCAAAACACACCUGAUAUGAUCAAUAGUACAGUAGGUGAAAUGUCUUCUCAGAAUGCACCAUUGAUUAGACUUAAGGCUGAAGACCAUGUCGGGUGCUGAUGUCAGCCAAGUACAAAAGUUCUGGAUGAAAACUGGAUGACUGAGUGGAGUAGAAAAAAAGUUGUCUGGUUAUACAUUCCUUUUGUUAUUAUGGUGAUGGCAGGAUCAGUAUUUGAGUCCAUGGAGCCAUCCUCUGUGGUAGUGUAGAAUGUAUGAAUGGUACUGCAUAUCUGAACAUGAAGCUGGUGAGCAUCUCUUUAUGACUACAGUUUAUCCGCACUACAGUAGACACGUCCUUGACACUUACAGCACAUGUAGAGUCAUUUCCUAUUAAAGUGGAUGGUGAGUGGGCAUUGAACAGUAUGUAAGAGGUAAAUCAGGUAUAAGAUAUAAGUGUAUAGUAAACAGUAUCACAAGAGUUAUAUUAAGUGUACAGUGAAGUAAAUGAGCAUUAGCAGCCGUGAUGUUCAAGUAUUAGAGAGUUCUAAGUUUUAAGUCAACCUGCAAUGUGUAUUUCUGCAAAGCAUUUUGAGGAAUAAACCAAAUAAUGCUGUUCUAAAGACCACAGGAGGCACAACACACUGUUAGAUAGAUACACCUCAUAAACUGGCAACUUGGUGUACAUGAUCAUAACAGAGAGCAGAUUUAUAAGGACCAGAGUGCUUCUGAGAAUGAUUCUGAUGCAAGACAAACAUAAUUCUAUAGAAACCACAAACCAAAUUUCUUGCUCUCGCUGAAGGCAAUGCUGAUUUAAAAGAGCAGUUAUAUGGCUAAGGCAGCAUAGUGAUGCAACGUGUAGCGUUGGUGCCUCACAGCUCCACAGUCCCUGGUUCCAUCUUGAGCCCAGGUUACUGUCUAUGUGGACUUUCUAUACAUGUCCUCUCCAUGUCUGCAUGGGUUUCUUCUAGUUUCCUCCCAAAAACAUGCCAUUAGGUGUAUUGGCUAAGAUAGAUUGCCCCUAGCUAUGAAUGUGUGUUUGUGCAUAGUGCCAUAUGAUGGACUGGUGUCUCAUCAAGGGUGUAUUCCCACCUUAUGCCAAGUGUUCUUGGGAUAGGCUCUGGAUCCACUGCGACCCUGAUACUACUUUGUGGUAGAGGUAAGCAAUAUGACAAUUAAAGUAAAAAAUUAAGGUCUACAGUGCUUGUCUGAUUGCCAGUAUAUAUAUAUAUAUAUAUAUAUA